GACACCCGCCUUGGCUCGUGGAAGGGGCGGAGCCGGGAUCUCACCCGGUCUUAGAGGAGACGGAAGCUCCGACUGAGUGCGGGGCGGACGAUACUUACUGCUGACCCCGUGCUACUUGGGCGGCGGCUCCGGAUCCCGGAGGUCCAGUGGGCAGCUCCCCAGAUGUGGAGAUCGGUGCUUGGAGAAGGAAGGCAGCUGCCCAAGGGCCCCACAGCAGGUCGGUGGGUGAGCCAGGGCUAGAACCCACACCUGCAGGCACAGCUGCCACCUGUCUGUGAAGGCGCUCCGAGGGCAACACACUCACCUCCUCCAUUUGCCAGCAUCAGCCAUGAACUACGUGGGGCAGCUGGCAGGGACAGUGUUGGGAACGAUGAAGGACAUAUACCGAGGUCUGAACCCGGCCACGCUGAGUGGUGGCAUUGACAUCCUGGUGGUGGAGCAGGCGGACGGCUCCUUCCGAUGCUCACCCUUCCACGUGCGCUUUGGCAAGCUGGGCGUCCUGCGGUCUCGGGAGAAGGUGGUAGACAUCGAGAUCAACGGGGAGCCUGUGGACUUGCACAUGAAGCUGGGGGACAGCGGGGAGGCCUUCUUCGUUCAGGAGCUGGAGAGUGAUGAGGAACACGUGCCUCCCCGUCUGUGCACAUCACCCAUCCCUGGCGGGGACCUGUCCGGGUUCCCCUCAGACUCCCAGCUGAGCACAGCCAGUGAGCCCGAGGCCAUCGCUGAGGGGGUGUCCUCCACGGGGCGGAAGAAGAGGCUCCGCAGGAGGAAACCCAGGAGGAAAGAGGACGCGGUCGCAGCCAGUUCUAGUUCGGAGGAGCUGGAGACUGGCGCUGAGAGUGAGCUGUCCCUGCUGGAAAAGCCAAGGCUAGAGCCCUCAGGGUGUGUGCGGACCAGCCCCCUCAGCAGCACCCAGUCAGAAGGGGAGUCCUCACCGCAAGCCAGAGACUUCUACCCCUACUCUGAUGGCGAGUGGGGCCCCCAGGCCAGCCUUCCGCCAGGUGGGUGCACGUCCCCCAAGAGUGACUCGGAGCUGGAGCUGCGGACCCCUGAGCCCGGCCCCCCAGGAGCUGAGUCCCACAUACAGUGGGCCUGGGGGAGGCUGCCGAAGGUGGCCAAAGCAGAGUGGCCUGAGUCCUUGAAGGUCGCUGAUGGCAGGGCCGGGCCAGCCUCUCCUCUUCAGGGAGAGCCCAGCGCUCCCUCCACGUCUGUGGCUGGUGCGGACCCUUCGGGAACCCUGAUCCUGCAAGCAGGGGCUGGUGCCGACCUUCCUCCUACAGACAUGGACCCUCCUGCUCUGGUGGGCUCCCCUCUCCCUACUCCCAAGAGAAAGCAGACCAAGCCUCAGAGCCGCAGGGAGGCAGGCCUGCCCCCUCCCUCGAAAUCCCGGAGCUGGGCCACCCUAGAGGGCCCCGUUGCCGCCAGGCAGCCAGAGGGGGGCCCCGGGGGCAAAGGCCCCCUGAAGAGAAGCCAGCACCUGGGCCCCAGUGACAUCUAUCUGGACGACUUGCCCUCUCUGGAUUCUGAGAAUGCAGCCCUUUACUUCCCCCGCAGUAACUGUGGACUGGGGCCCAGGAGGUGGAGUGAACCCAACAACCAGAAGCCCUUGGGUGACCCCAGCCCCGAACGGGAGCCAGAACCCACUCCGGACGUGGUGGCUAUGAUCGCAGUCUCCCUCUGUGGCGGGCUGGCUGACGGCCGGGACAUUUCCCUGGAGAAGUUCAACCAGCACAUCGUCUCCUACCAGGACCUCGUCCAAAACCCUGGCCUCCUUGAGCACCCAAACCUGGUGGUGAAAAUCAAUGAGAAGCAUUAUAACUGGGCUGUGGCCGCCCCCAUGAUCCUCUCCCUGCAAGCCUUCCAGAGGAACUUGCCCAAGAGCACCGUGGACAAACUGGAGAAGGAGAAGAUGCCCCGGAAGGGUGGGCGGUGGUGGUUUUCCUGGCGACGCCGGGACUUCCCAGCCGAGGAGCGCGGUGCCCAGACGGAGAAAACCAUGGCCAGGGAGCAGCAGGGGGAGAAGACUGAUGUCCUGAGUAGUGAGGAUGAAGCCCCGGAGAGCCCUGUGAUCCUGGAGGCCCCCUCUCUGCCGCCCUCGCCUCCCGCCUACACUCCCACCUACAAGAAGUCCCUCCGGCUCUCCUCCAAUCAGAUCCGGCGCCUGAACUUGCAAGAAGGUGCCAAUGACGUGGUCUUCAGUGUGACCACCCAGUACCAGGGCACCUGCCGGUGCAGGGCCACCAUCUAUCUGUGGAAGUGGGACGACAAGGUGGUCAUCUCGGACAUCGACGGGACCAUUACCAAGUCGGAUGCUCUGGGCCACAUUCUGCCCCAGCUGGGGAAAGACUGGACACACCAGGGCAUCACCAGUCUCUACCACAAAAUCCACCUAAACGGGUACAAGUUCCUGUACUGCUCAGCACGGGCCAUUGGCAUGGCUGACCUCACCAAGGCCUACCUGCAGUGGGUGAGCGAGCGGGGCUGCGGCCUCCCCAAGGGCCCCAUCCUGCUGUCUCCCAGCAGCCUCUUCUCCGCCCUCCACAGGGAGGUGAUUGAGAAGAAACCAGAGGUGUUCAAAAUUGCCUGCCUGAGUGACAUCCGGAAGCUGUUCCUGCCCAACGAACAGCCCUUCUAUGCUGCCUUUGGGAACAGGCCCAACGAUGUCACUGCCUACCGGCAGGUGGGACUCCCUGAAUCUCGCAUCUUCACAGUCAACCCCCGGGGAGAGCUCAUCCAGGAGCUCAUGAAGAACCACAAAUCCACGUAUGAACGGCUGGGCGAGGUGGUUGAGCUCCUCUUCCCACCUGUGGCCCGUGGCCCCAGCACAGACCUGGCCCAUCCUGAAUACAGCAGCUUCUGCUACUGGCGGGAGCCCCUGAUGACUGUGGACCUCGAUGCCCUGCCCUGAACCAGCCCCCGCUGCCCCCUCCUCCCUGGCCAGACCCAGAACUGACUGGGAGUCCCGGGGAGUGGGAGGUUGGAAGCUGGCUGCCACAGGGCAGGUCCACUGAAGGGCGGGGGAGGGGCUGAGGGCUUGUUGGCAGACACAGAGGCCAUCUCUCCUCGCUAUCCUAUCUCCUGCCUUCCCCAGCUGAUCUGUGGAAGGCGGGCCAGCUGCCCCAGGCUCUUAACUGCCCUGUGGCAAUUAAAUGAUGGUGACCUGGGCCCUUGCGGGAUUCUCCAUGCCCUUGACAUCCCUGUCCCUGUCACCCCAGCACACUGCCUUGACCCCUGAUAGGACAGGGAGAAGACAAAGACCUGUGAGGCUCAAGACCCGUCUACACAGGAAGGGGCUGGCGGCAGUGGUGGGGCGUGGCCAAGCAGCGUCUGGACGGCAUGGACCAUACCCUCUGAAGCCAGACCCUUGCACAACCCCGGGCCCUUCCCACAGCUCUUGAGCCGGACCUCACUGCUCUCCCUUGUCCUCCAGGAUCUCAGCACACCCCAACCCUGGGAGCUCAGACAUCAAGGAACGGGGAUUCCAGAGCAGUGGGAGGGCUGAAGGUGUGUGGCUCCCCACAGGCCUCGCCCGUACCCAGCUGCUAUUCCCGCUCCUCUGAGCACUUCCCCGAGGACAUGGUCCCAAACCCUGCCAGGGCGGGGGGUGGGGGCGGUGACCUGCCCUCCUGCCCUAGACUUGGCCAGUCCAUCCAGCGCCCACAGAGCUGCUGAGCGAGCUCCUGCCUGAGGGGCUGUAGGAAGCCGGGCUGGCAGCCCACUGCAGCCUUCCAGCCUAGUGUCCUUGGGGAAGAAAAUACCUUUAGACGGGCUAAAAGCUUUAAUCCAGGCCUGCCCUCCCCCAACAGCACCACAGUGGAGGGAAGAAACCAGAAGGCAGGGGUAUAGAGACCUGGAACAUAGCACAGGAAGGCCUAUGUGGCUGUGGGGAAACUGAGGCCAGGAGCCUCAGCAGAGAUGGGCAUCAGGGUCUCUGGGAGCUCUGCAGGCCGCAUGAACACUGUUUUCAGGUUGUCUCUUGAUGGUGUCGGACCUGAGUUUCUCACCACUUAGUGAACACCCAGGUGGGACUGGGGUUCUGCUCAGAUGCUGCAAACUGAGGCCUGGAGCCCUUUUUCUCCCCUGGCUUUCUGUUCAGAGUCUGGCCUCGUUUUAGACCAUGACAUCUACUCUCUGGAGAAAGGCCCUAACCUGGGGGGGAGGGUGGGCAGGAUUCCCCCCCAAAAUGGAAAGGAGAGGAGGCUGUGGGGACCAGAGGCCCUGAAGCAUCUCCGGGAAAGAGAAGGAAAAGGAUAAAUUGACGUGGGUCUCGAAACAGAUGGUCUGGGGCCGGUCCUUUUCUCAGGGAAUGUACAGCUGCCUAAGAAAGCCCUCACCCGAGAGGAGGGUCAAAAGGAAUAAAAAGAACUCUCAGCUGAG